CUGUUCUAACGGUGGCCUAGCGAAUAAGGGGAUUACGGAGCCCAAUUUGACAGGUUACACAAUGAGUCAGGGUAAGGACAAUGCACGACUCAAGAGCUACAAGAACAAGUCUCUCAACGCAGAUGAAAUGAGAAGAAGGAGGGAAGAGGAAGGCCUACAGCUCCGCAAACAGAAGAAGGAUGAACAGCUGUUUAAGAGGAGGAAUGUUGCCACAGUGGAGGACGAUGGCACCCUGGAGGACGAUGGAAUGGCUGAUAGUGGCUAUCUGGAGUCCCAGGCUAACAACAUGGACCCACUCAUGGGUGGGGUGAUCUCUGAAGAUAUGACUCAAAUGAUCUUCUCCAGUUCCCCUGAGCAGCAGCUAAUAGGUACUCAGCGCUUUAGGAAACUCCUUUCUAAAGAACCCAACCCACCCAUCGAUGAAGUCAUUGCCACUCCAGGGGUAGUGGAGCGCUUUGUUGAGUUCCUAAAGAGGAGAGAAAACUGCACAUUGCAGUUUGAGGCUGCAUGGGUGUUGACCAACAUUGCAUCAGGUACAUCCCACCAGACGCGGGUGGUAAUCCAGGCAGGAGCUGUGCCCAUAUUCAUAGAGAUGCUCAGCUCGGAUUUUGAAGACGUACAGGAACAAGCAGUGUGGGCCUUGGGAAACAUAGCAGGAGAUAGCACAGAAUGCAGAGACUUUGUCAUAGACUGCAACAUUUUGCCUUCCCUGGUGCAGUUAUUGGCCAAACAGAAUCGUCUGACGAUGAUGAGGAACGCCGUGUGGGCGCUCUCAAACCUGUGCAGAGGAAAGAACCCACCUCCAGACUUCACUAAGGUGUCUCCAUGUCUCAGUGUGCUGUCUUGGCUGCUGUUCGUCAAUGACACAGACAUCCUGGCUGAUGCAUGCUGGGCACUUUCCUACCUAUCUGAUGGCCCCAAUGACAAAAUCCAGGCUGUUAUUGACUCAGGAGUCUGUCGCAGGCUGGUGGAAUUACUGAUGCACGCUGAUUAUAAGGUGGUAUCCCCUGCAUUGCGAGCUGUUGGGAACAUAGUGACUGGAGAUGAUUUACAGACACAGGUGAUCCUGAACUGCUCAGCGCUGCAGUCCCUACUUCACCUCCUGAGCAGCCCCAAGGAGUCUAUCAAAAAGGAAGCCUGCUGGACGAUCUCCAACAUCACUGCAGGGAACCGAGCACAAAUACAGAUGGUGAUAGAUGCAGGUCUGCUCCCUCCUCUCAUCACUAUCCUGCAAGUAGCAGAGUUUCGCACAAGGAAGGAGGCAGCGUGGGCCAUUACCAAUGCCACCUCGGGGGGCUCUGCAGAGCAAAUCAGGCACUUAGUGGAGCUGGGCUGCAUAAAGCCUUUGUGUGACCUGCUCACACUUAUGGACUCCAAAAUAGUUCAGGUGGCUCUAAAUGGCCUCGAGAACAUCUUGCGACUUGGAGAACUGGAGGCCAAGAGGGGAGGAGGCAUCAACCCCUACUGUGCACUCAUCGAAGAGGCCUACGGUCUGGACAAGCUGGAGUUCCUGCAGGGCCACGAGAACCAGGAAAUCUACCAGAAAGCCUUCGACCUGAUCGAGCGCUACUUCAACACUGAAGACGAGGACCCGUCUCUGGCUCCGGCCGUCGACCUGCAGCAGCAGCAGUUCCUCUUCCAGCAGUGCGAGGCCCCGAUGGAGGGCUUCCAGCUAUAAUGCUAAAUCCUCCCUCUCCCCCCUGUGCUCCACCUUCAUCCUCACCUCUGCUCAUCUCUCUCGCUCUCUGCCCACUGCCAUGAUCAAGGGCGACGACAACCCUCGGCGAUCGAUUUAAUCAUUAUCAUGAUUAUGAAAAACAUAACAUUACCGGAGCACGUGUGUGUGCGCGUACGUCCAACGUGGGUCAAGUUCUGCAGUCUUGUCAGCCAGUUCGUGAAGGUUUCACUCAUCAUUCUGUCUUGCGCUGAGCUCACCUCUGCGCUUGAUUUCUCAGCACCUGAAGCCCCUCUACCUGCUCAGGCCCCAGCACCUUCUACUAGCAGAUUCUCCCUCUAACACCACUCUUGUCUAACUUUUUGGAUUUCCUCCUCAGUUCAUCCUAAAUGAAAAGCACCUGUCCAUGUUCCCGUAGGAUUGACGAUCCCCCAUCUCUGAGUCAGUGGGAGUUUUAGGACUGCACUGCUUGUCUGAUUGAAGCAUUAAGGACUCGCAACACAGACAAACAUGGACAUAAUUUUUACCCCCUCCUACACACACACACACCCCCACACACACAGAGAAGAAUGAUCUAACCUUAACACUGGACUGACCAUGAGACGUCGACCACGCUUAACCGUGGUCACUGGACUUGAACUGCCCACAGCGGGGGCCAUGUGGCCAGUCCCAACCCCAGGACUCAACCGACCUCUACGAAAGGCACUUAAACGACUCAAAAAAUGGAGGUGAAUUCCCUCGCCUCCUCCCUCCGGCCAUUGGAUAAGUGACCACAGAUGGACAAAUUAGGAACUAGACUGUGUCUCUCAGGGGGUGGAGCUUGUCGGUGACACACCAGGCUGCUUGCGUUCCCUCCUGGAUCUCAUAUCAUGCAUUCCUCUAUCCAGUAAUGGGACUUUUCCACCUGCACAGGCUCCAUCCUGAAGAGUUUAGACUGCCUCCUGCUUCUGGUGUGAUGUGAAUAACCCCAUGGAACCAUGGGAAUUGGAGUCUUCCCUCGCACUGAGACAAUUGGACAGACUUGGACAAGACAAAACAGACUUAUUUAACCCUGGAUUCUGUCCAGCAGCAGACCAGCGGGAAUUUUUAUUAUCUUACCAUAAUUUCAUUUCAUUUGCAGCACUUUAGUUCAGGACUGAUGCCUCAUUGAGAGUAUACCGUAGUUUUUACAUUAACUAUUUAAUUGGUUGAUGUCACGGCUCUUCCCUCCUCAGGAAGCGAGGGGUAGAGAGAUCUGUAUCCUCGGUCCCCUUCUGGUAUGACAAGGAUUACAAUGUACUUCACUGUUUACCCUUCCCAUAGAGGGACUCAAGUAGAUUGUGGACUGAAACUAGCACACUAAUUACAAUCAGUAGAUCAUACUGCCUCAGCAAAGCUACAAGAACUUCAUUGUGACAAAGUAAAUCAACCUCUUUUUUUUUUUUUUUUUUUUUUGGAAAUUGGCCAUUUAGGUUAGCAUCUGUCAUGUUGCUGAUGGUGCCAUAAUCCUUAUUCUCCAGAAAUCCUUCCAGAUAAUUUCAACAAAAAAAAUCCAGAUUAAAACUUGAAAAUACAGGUGAUCAGCUUAGUUAGCUAAACUGAAUGUUUGUUUACCAAGUCCUUCUUACAUUGCUUUUUUUUGUCAAAAUCUCUGCAAGAGAUGACCAGCUCUACAUGUUCAUUACUGUUUGUUGUAUUGAGUUUGUGCAACUGUCCCCCUGUUAUGCCAUUUGCAUAAAAGCCGUUUCAUGAACCACAGUGUUAAGCCGUUUUCA